AAACGCGCAUUUAAACAACAAAAAGAGACGCCAACUGAAUGAAAACGAAAUAAUUUAAAUAAAAUUGUAUUAAUAAUAUGGCACAUUCACGAGUUAAACAUGCCACACGUAACCAUCUGCCACACUUAAUGAGUAAUGUGCCGCAGGAGUGCCAGGCACCAAUUAAAACAAUGUGCCUGAAAAUGAUGUCUCACGAUGCCUACGGAAAACCUUACGAAUGGAGCUCGCGUGAUUUUGAGAUGGGCGCUCAUUUGGGACGCGGUAAAUUUGGCCGUGUCUAUUUGGCGCGAGAGCGCCACUCGCAAUAUUUGGUAGCCAUGAAGGUCAUGUUUAAAGAGGAGCUACGCAAAGGAAACGUCCAACGCCAGGUGCUACGAGAAAUUGAAAUACAAUCCAGACUUAAACAUCCAAACAUAUUGCGUCUGCUUACUUGGUUUCAUGAUGAAACGCGCAUUUACUUGGCCCUGGAAAUAGCUUCAGAGGGAGAGCUCUUCAAGCAUUUGCGUUCGGCACCCAAUCACCGUUUCGAUGAGCCACGAUCGGCUAAAUACACCUACCAAGUGGCCAAUGCCUUAAACUAUUGUCAUUUGAAUAAUGUUAUUCAUCGUGAUUUGAAGCCAGAGAACAUUUUGUUAACCAGCACAGAUGAUCUUAAAUUGGCUGAUUUUGGAUGGUCCGCUCAUACGCCUAACAACAAGCGAAGGACAUUGUGCGGAACUUUGGAUUAUUUGCCACCAGAAAUGGUCGACGGUCAGACGUACGAUGACAGUGUAGAUCAAUGGUGUCUGGGAGUAUUAUGCUAUGAAUUUCUGGUGGGCAAUGCUCCCUUUGAAUCGAACAAUACGGACAAUACAUAUAUGAAGAUUCGACGUCUACAAAUACAUUAUCCUUCGCAUUUGUCGCAGGGCAGCAAGGAACUAAUUGGUUUGUUGCUGCGUAAGAAAGAACAAGGCCGGUUAAGCUUGGUGGAAGUAAUGACACACCCCUGGGUCAAGGAUGGCAUGGCCAAGAGGGCAAUACAGCUACAGCAGCUCAUUAAUGAACGCGGCAAAGAGAAUGUGGUUAAAAAUUAAAACUUUUGUUUUUUUAUAUUUAUAUUUAAAUUUCAAAUAAAGUAUAUUAGUAAUUUUGAAAAGAA